GCUGCGGCCGCUCCGGCUAUUGUUGUGCGUCUCUCAGUCAGUCCUGGUCUAGCAGCAAACGGGGAUUUUUGAUGCGUUAAUGUAAUGAUCUGCGGUUCCGCUGCCACAUUAAACGGUGUUUGGGAGCGGGUCUUGCGUCCUCGCUACAAAGGAGUAGAAAGAAGCCUUAUGAAAGACUUUGUGCUGCAGGAAUAGUUAAUCGGUAUGGGACAGACGGAGCACUGAGAUUACACGUUCGAGACUGCUUCUUUUUUUCGUGUAUUUCCACUUAUUUCCAAUUCUCUACUGGGAAUAAAAACGUGGUGCUGGGAAUUUAAAAAAAAGCAAGCAAACAAACAACGACAACAACACAGGACGUAUGUAGCCGAGGAAAAACUCUGCCGAGGUUGCUUUUAAGGCUUGACGAUGGGUUGUGUCAGGAGCAAAGAGGACAAGGACCCGGGGCUGAAGUACCGAUCCGACAACUCAAAUGUCACGUCGUGCAACGCUCACCUGGGCCUCUAUGGGCCCGACCCCACAUUGCUGGGUCACUCGCCUGCUAUGAAGACACCGAACCAUAGCUUCAACAGUAAUACUGCUGGCCUCACACCCUUUGGUGGAGCGUCUUCAGUCAUGACCCCGUUUGGCGGAGCCUCCACCUCCUUCACCUCGGUGGCCGUGAGCAGCCCCUUCCCCAACGUGAUCUCAGGUGGAGUGACAUUCUUUGUAGCUUUGUACGACUAUGAAGCAAGGACGUCAGACGAUCUGUCAUUUAAAAAAGGGGAUCGCUUUCAGAUUAUCAACAACACGGAAGGUGACUGGUGGGAGGCACACUCCAUCAACACCGGACAGAAAGGUUACAUCCCCAGUAACUACGUGGCCCCAGCUGACUCCAUACAGGCUGAAGAGUGGUACUUCGGUAAAAUGGGCCGCAAAGAUGCUGAGCGUCUCUUAUUGCUUCAAGGGAAUAAUCGGGGUACUUUUUUGGCAAGAGAAAGUGAGACAACCAAAGGUGCUUACUCUCUGUCCAUACGUGACUGGGAUGACUUAAAGGGAGACAACGUCAAACACUACAAGAUCCGCAAGCUGGACAACGGCGGCUAUUACAUCACCACACGCGCCCAGUUUGAAACACUACAGAAGCUGGUGAAGCACUACACAGAACACGCGGAUGGUCUGUGCCACAAGCUGACCACCGUGUGUCCCACGGUGAAGCCGCAGACUCAGGGACUCGCUAAAGACGCCUGGGAAAUCCCGCGGGACUCCCUCCGACUGGAAGUCAAACUGGGGCAGGGCUGCUUUGGGGAAGUCUGGAUGGGCACGUGGAACGGUACUACUAAAGUGGCGAUCAAGACCCUGAAGCCGGGCACCAUGUCUCCAGAGGCUUUCCUGCAGGAGGCUCAGAUCAUGAAGAAACUACGACACGACAAACUGGUCCCUCUCUACGCUGUGGUGUCUGAAGAGCCCAUCUACAUCGUGACGGAGUUCAUGGGAAAAGGUAGUUUGCUGGACUUUUUGAAGGAGGGAGAUGGGAGAUACCUGAAGCUGCCGCAGCUGGUGGACAUGGCCUCACAGAUCGCAGACGGCAUGGCCUUCAUCGAGAGGAUGAACUACAUCCACCGAGACCUGAGAGCUGCCAACAUCCUGGUGGCCGAUAACCUGGUCUGCAAGAUCGCCGACUUCGGCCUGGCGCGGCUCAUCGAGGACAACGAGUACACCGCUCGACAAGGUGCUAAAUUCCCCAUCAAGUGGACCGCCCCUGAAGCUGCGUUAUACGGCCGCUUUACUAUCAAAUCGGACGUUUGGUCGUUCGGUAUACUGCUGACAGAGCUGGUGACAAAGGGCAGAGUACCGUACCCAGGUAUGGUGAACCGAGAGGUGCUUGAGCAGGUGGAACGAGGUUACCGAAUGCCGUGCCCCCAAGGCUGCCCCGAGUCUCUCAAUGAGAUGAUGAUGCAGUGCUGGAAGAAGGAGCCAGACGAGAGGCCGACCUUUGAAUACAUCCAGUCCUUCCUGGAAGACUACUUCACAGCCACAGAGCCACAGUACCAGCCUGGAGACAAUCUGUAGUCCGCGCGACUGAGGUACAUCGUUGGAGGUCACGCGACACAAGUUCAACAAGGCUGCAAGGAAAGGGUUUUUCUUACAAACUAGUCUGCAGUGACACUGGCAAACCUGAAAAUGAAGCGUGGAAAUGGGUGUCUUAUGCUCUGGGAACUCUGCUGAUCCGAAUAAUCCACGUGGGCCGGCCACAACACUGUGAUCUAAACCAGGGGGAUUUCAAAUGAAUGAGUACAUUCAGAUGCAGAGGGGUUUGGGGGGGGUUUUGUUUUUUUUGUUUUUUUUUUUAAUAUAAAUAAAUUCCCCCACUUUUUAUUUUCAUUUAUACAACUCUUUUAAUAUUUGUGCCCGGAACUUUUGUAUGUGCAAGAGAUUGAUGUGAACAUGUAGGUUGGUAAGGAUGUUUUUUUUUUAAAGUGACCAAUAACUGUGGUUGAAUCGUGGAGUAUGUGCUGCGACUGUGAAGCUUUGACCUAAAAGCUUGGAAGAGAUGUAAAUGAAAAAGGUCUGCUGUAAGGAUGCAAGAAUGUACCGAGAGUAGUAGAGUAAAUGUACUGUACAUACAGUAUGUAUAAAAAGAUGUAUUUGUGGCAGGUGUGAUCAGGUGGACAAUAGAGAAAGACAUUUCUUGUAUGUUUUUUUUUUUUUAACACACUUGAAUGGCUAAUUUUACAUCAGUUUAUUUUGCUUUUACCUUUUUUGUUUUUAAAACUGGGACUUGGAAUUAUGAAAGCGUAUUUUGAUGAUUUACAGCAGUUUUUUUUAAUUAACAUUUUUAUAAAUGUCUAGUAAGAAAAAAACAUUUCAGCUGCGAGAAAUCUUUUUUGGUCCACGGUUCAGAUUAUUAAAAAAGACUAAAAUUUCCUUUUCUAUCAUUCAUAUUUAAGCAGUUAAAGUUACCUUGUGUAGCCAUACCACUUCUGACCACAUGGCGGAAGCACAUUGCAGGAAAGUUCGUGUCCGUUUCUCAAUUGCAGGUUUGGACUUGUGAGCUUGGUAGUUCGUAUUUAGCAAGUACAACUCAAUUGGAGCAACAAUGUAUCUGUGUACUUGAAAACAUAAACCAGACUCAGAAUGGACCAUGGACUUGUCUGGCAAAAGUGUUUUUAACCGUUACUUUAUGUGAUAUUUUUAAUGGGUAAUACGCUUUUGUACUUCUGCCGUGUUAUAAAGUUCAGUGGAAGCAAAAAGAAAAUGUCGGAGGAAAUAAAAAAUUAGGCUAUCCUGAUGAUUUAACCACAAAUAUGAAGUGAGAAAAGCUAUAUUCCUGUACGGUAACAUCUUAAAACUUCGUUCAGUUAGACUAAACCAGGGUUGUAAAUUCAUUUUUUUUUUCUUUUUUUUUUUUCCUUGUCAUUACGUCGGGUUUUUCAUGGGCAAUGCAGUCGGAAGUCUACACAAAUCUCCCCUGGAUGCAUCCUGGAUCAAACGGGUGGUGGAACAGCACUGCCUGGGAUUUGGACCGUACUUCUCGAUGCAGAUUUUGACUUGGAGCAGUACUUAAGCUGCGUCUGUUUCACGAGUACAGACAAGUACACAUAUUGAGAACCCGCUCAUGUGUCCGCCCCUGCUGCGGUGGUGCGUUCGAAUGCACGCGGAACUGUGGGAAAAAAUUACCUCCGUCUAGGAAAAGUGCAAUAGAGCAGCCACUCAAUUGGACUGGAUUUCAGCUCAAAAACUCCCAUGUAGAACAAUGCUAGUGAGAUAACGUCACCUGAACCCGGUGGUGCACACGCUUGAGGUUUUGAUUGUUCAACUGUUUCAUUUUCAGUCUUCAGUCUCCAUUGGUUGUAAAUUGAUUGUAUAGACUAGUGGUUCUCAACUGGUCCGGCUUCGGGACCCAACAUCACCCGUAAAUGAUGAGCUUUGACCCAAAUCGAGGGAGAUUUUCGACCUCUCAAAUUUGUUUCAUGUAACAAUGGUGCAGUUUAAUCCUCAAGUUGCAUAGAAUUAGCUGUGAUUUUAUGCACAAACUUGAAAACAACUAAAAAGUAGUUCCAAAAAGAGUCAAAUAUUUAGUAUGUAGCCUACCUUUAUUAUCUGACCCACUGAAAACGGACCCAGUUGAGAAUCACUGGUGUAGACCAACAUUACAUUGUGCCUUUAUCAUUUCAUAAUUAAUUGAGGAGAUAUUUAGGAAUAGAGACGCUGGCUCUCCAGUAGAUACUGGACUUUGAUAUUUACUUAACUUGUGUUCUAUUUUUCCUCUGUCAUGGUGUUGACACAUCAAAUAGGUCUUCAGUACAUUCUUCUGCUGUUUGAGGGCAACUCAGGCAGACAUCAUCUUCCUGUGGGAAUGUAUUUAUCUUUCGAAAGCAAGUGUGUCAGAAGUUGUAUUGUCGACUUUGGACUUAAACGCAGCGUAAGAUGGAGUGAAGGGCACCUCUCGUGGGACAGAGUGAUAUUACGAGACCAUCCAGACCUUCCCCACUCAUUGACUCAGUAUUGUUUCUUUGGCUCUGUUUUCAGCACGGCCAGGCUGUAGGCCCCCAUGUGGUCAGAAGUGGUAUUACCAGAGUGGCUUUAUAACCCCUUGAUCCAUGGUACGAGACUGAGAUUUACAUCACAUAUGACGCUGUAACCUUUUUUUUCUUCUUUUUGGUAAAAUGAUACCAGGUUAUUGCUAAACAAUCCUGCAGUGUUUUUAGUUCUAGUGUGGGUCAUUUUUAAACAUUUCUAAAUGCAUUCAUACAGAAAUUGUCCACUGCCGAAACAUCUUAAACGGUAUUGGGGUUUGUGUCUCCCCUCGAUGGUUUCCUGGUUAUUCCCUCCCACCAGUUUCUGGUAGGGCUUUGGUGCUUUUAGAGAUAUUCAAAAUUUUUAAGUUCAAUAACAAAUUCUGAGCGGUACUUCCACAUCCAUUACACACACUAAUGUUUGUUUGUGAGAAAUAAUGAAACAGAAUGAAAGAUGUGAACUUUUUUUUUUUUUUUUGUGGGUCAUUCAAAUAAGCAAUUGUUCCUGAAAAUGAGGACUCAAACUAGUGGGAUAAAAGUAAUAAAAUUAAUGAGGAUGGUAACUAAUAUGAUUUUGUACAGAGCAAAAUAAAAAUAUCAAGCGGAA